UUGGGCACCGGGGGAAGAAUGUCUCCUUUCAACUUUGUGACUUGCACCCCCGGAGAAGGCCACACGCCGGUUGUGGGGUGCAGAUGUGCUGAGAGUGAUUUCUGAGUAGUUGAGUUGUUGAGAUGAGGGGUACGGCUGCUAAUGGUAGGCAGGUUUUGUUUUUAUUGGUGAAUCUGGUGUCAUCAUAUUCCGGUCAUAUGUUGAAAUAGUCUUUGUUUAGGUCUUGAAGUAGAGGAUCUUACUUUUCACGUCCACAUUGUGUUGUUUUUAAAUGAUGUCUCUGCAAGUAUGGCUUUCUAGAAUUUCAAAUGUGAGUUAAGGUCCGGGCUAUGCGGGCCUCAGCACUGGCCUUGACAGUGAACUUUGUGACUGUGUUUUGGAUUUCAAAGAUUUGCCCCAUAACUGGGGUGCGAGCUGUGCAUUUUUGUUAAUAGUAGGUGUCAGGAAUGUAGAUGCAUGAGGUGGGGACGUUAGAGAAGGAGGAACAUUUAUAUAUUAAUAAUUGAUAGCUGAAUAUUACAAACAGAUUAAUUUGGGCUGAUGAAAUUUUUUUUUUUUUAAGCAGGUAUGCACUCUAGGAAACCUUUUCAUAGGCACAUUUUUUAGGGGUUCUUUAGGGCACAGAGCCUGAAUAUCUCCUUUUAGAGAGGUUACUCACCAACAUCUGUAGCUUCAUUGAGGGCCUGAUAAGGGGACUGAAACUGGGGCUAUGACAUCUAAGUGUACUUUUCAGUGUUUAUGUUGUUUGUUUACAUCUGGUGUUCACUCACGUUUGGGCAGUGGAAAUAAAUAGGUCAGAUUUUCUUUCGGUUUUUGAAGACUAGCCCUCUCCCCCCCCCCCCCUUUUUUUAAGUUUCACAAUUUACUUGGUUUCACAGCAUUGUAGGAAACUGUUACUACAUUUUUACUGGAAAUACUAUUAUUCAUUUUGAUUUUGCUGUGAAGGGUCCAUCCUUUUUCCCAUUCAGUCAUCUGGAAAGAGCUGCCUCAGAAAUACUCUUCUUCUGCUUACAUGAAGAACUCUAAAUGCUAUCCAGCAGGAGGUGCUGCAGCAAGAUAAAGGAAAUCUGUGAAUUUUGAAGGUCUUGCUACUUAUUACAGCUCUACUUAGCAUCAACUAAGCAACAGGAUAAACACCUUAAAGUUCCAGAAAGAUUUUAAGGAGCAAGAGAGCUGAAGGAGAGCCAGUUUCCCCAAAAUUGCUGCAGUAAGAAGAGGAGUUUGUUAUUUUAAACAGAGGCUGAAGAAACUAUAGAAUUAGCAGACAUAAGAAAAAGUGGAGAAGGUAGAGGAUGGAGUUGCAGACUCUACAGGAGGCUCUUAAAGUGGAAAUUCAGGUUCACCAGAAACUGGUUGCUCAAAUGAAGCAGGAUCCACAGAAUGCUGAUUUAAAGAAACAGCUUCAUGAACUUCAAGCCAAAAUCACAGCUUUGAGUGAGAAACAGAAAAGAGUAGUUGAACAGCUUCGGAAGAACCUGAUAGUAAAGCAAGAACAACCAGACAAGUUCCAAAUACAGCCAUUGCCACAAUCUGAAAACAAACUACAAACAGCACAGCAGCAACCACUACAGCAGCUACAGCAGCAACAGCAGUACCACCACCACGCCCAGUCGGCUGCGUCCUCUCCCAGCCUGACUGCUUCACAGAAGACUGUAACUACAGCUUCUAUGAUUACCACAAAGACACUACCUCUCGUCUUGAAAGCAGCAACUGCGACAAUGCCUGCCUCUGUUGUGGGCCAGAGACCUACCAUUGCUAUGGUGACCGCCAUCAACAGUCAGAAGGCUGUGCUCAGCACUGAUGUGCAGAACACACCAGUCAACCUCCAGACGUCUAGUAAGGUCACUGGGCCUGGGGCAGAGGCUGUCCAAAUUGUGGCAAAAAACACAGUCACUCUGCAGGUUCAGGCAACACCUCCUCAGCCCAUCAAAGUACCACAGUUUAUCCCCCCUCCUAGACUCACUCCACGUCCAAACUUUCUUCCACAGGUUCGACCUAAGCCUGUGGCCCAGAAUAACAUUCCUAUUGCCCCAGCACCUCCUCCCAUGCUUGCAGCUCCUCAACUUAUCCAGAGGCCUGUCAUGCUGACCAAGUUCACUCCCACGACCCUCCCUACCUCCCAGAAUUCCAUCCACCCCGUCCGUGUCGUCAAUGGGCAGACUGCAACCAUAGCCAAAACGUUCCCCAUGGCCCAGCUCACCAGCAUUGUGAUAGCUACUCCAGGCGCCAGACUCGCUGGACCUCCAACUGUACAGCUUAGCAAGCCAAGCCUUGAGAAACAGACAAUUAAGUCCCACACAGAAACAGAUGAGAAACAAACGGAGAGCCACACCGUCACUCCACCUACUGCACCCAAACCAAAACGGGAGGAGAACCCUCAGAAACUUGCCUUCAUGGUGUCUCUAGGGUUGGUAACACAUGACCAUCUAGAAGAAAUCCAAAGCAAGCGGCAAGAACGAAAAAGAAGAACAACAGCAAAUCCAGUGUACAGUGGCGCGGUCUUUGAGCCUGAGCGCAAGAAGAGUGCAGUCACGUACCUGAACAGUACAAUGCAUCCUGGGACCCGGAAGAGAGGUCGUCCUCCAAAAUACAAUGCAGUGCUGGGGUUUGGAGCCCUAACCCCAACAUCCCCCCCAUCCAGUCAUCCUGACUCCCCUGAAAAUGAAAAGACAGAGACCACAUUCACUUUCCCUGCACCUGUUCAGCCUGUGUCCCUGCCCAGCCCCACCUCCACAGACGGCGAUAUCCAUGAGGAUUUUUGCAGUGUUUGCAGAAAAAGCGGCCAGUUGCUGAUGUGCGACACAUGCUCCCGUGUGUAUCAUCUGGACUGCUUGGACCCUCCUCUGAAAACGAUUCCCAAGGGCAUGUGGAUCUGUCCCAGAUGUCAGGACCAGAUGCUGAAGAAGGAAGAAGCAAUUCCAUGGCCUGGAACUUUAGCAAUUGUUCAUUCCUAUAUUGCCUAUAAAGCAGCAAAAGAAGAAGAAAAACAGAAAUUACUUAAAUGGAGUUCAGAUUUAAAACAAGAACGAGAACAACUAGAGCAGAAGGUGAAACAGCUCAGCAAUUCUAUAAGUAAAUGCAUGGAAAUGAAGAACACCAUCCUGACCCGGCAGAAGGAGAUGCACAGCUCCCUGGAGAAGGUGAAACAGCUGAUCCGCCUCAUCCACGGCAUCGACCUCUCCAAACCCGUAGACUCUGAGGCCACCCUGGGGGCCGUGUCCAACGGCCCGGACUGCCCUCCCCCUGCCGGCGCCAGCACCUCCACGCCGGCGCCCUCCCCGCCCCCCUCCUCCUCCUCCUCCCAGAGCUGCACAGCGAACUGUAACCCCGGGGAAGAGACUAAAUAACAGAGCCCUGCUCGGAGAAGCCACGGGAUCCCAGCGGCAAGGAGGGCAAGACACUGAAGACUCUAGACAAGCAAAGCCGGAUUUCUUCUGGAAAGUACAGAAUUCUUUUGGUUCUUUGGUUCCAGAGAGAGAGAGAAGAUGCUUGUGCCGGGUGGCACCAGAGUUUGCCAAUUGAUCCUUCUUAUUCUGUGUGUACAUGCAAAGACUGGACCACGCCACAUGAAACCGUGCCAGCUGGAGGCUCUGGGCCAGCACCACGCCGAGUGGAUAAUACACUUGCUCUCCCUGUUACACGCCAGUGUGUGCCUGCGGCAGCCCCCACCACCACCGUGGGCUCGCUUUUGUUUUGUUGGGUGGGGAGAGGGGACGGGCCGCGGGGGUGGGGGGAACAGGUUCCAGACCCUUAUUUGCUGAGCUGUUUGUUUAGGUAGAGAAGACAAGUCCAAAGAGUGCGUGGGCUUUCCUGUUUCUAAACUUUCACUACUAUAAAACCAAAAAGAGGAAAUCGAGAUUUAACCAACCCCAGUGCCCAGAGGAAGGGAUGGGGAGGGAAUGGGAGGGAGCCAGGGUGGGGAAAAGUAUAUCAGAUACGCAGUAUUUCAUAUGGUCUGGGGCGGGCACCGUGCACGGAGAGACGGACACCGGGAACAGCCACCAGGGUCUUCUCCGGAGCACUGCGCUCCCCCACCCCUCCCCAAGCUCCCUCCCUGCUUUGGCAAAUCGGCACCGUCCCUGUGGUUACCUUCCCUCUCCAAGAACAAGCAGACCCAGGCCUCAGGUGGCCCUUGCCCCGGGGCAGGGAAGAAGGGUGUGUGUGUGUGUGUGUCGAGCAAGGAAAAAAGGUGGAUCAGUGAUUUUACUUGAAAACAAGCUCCAUCCCUUUUCUAUAUUUAUAAGAAGAGAAGGUCCUGAGCGAAGCAGCACGCGACCCAGGUGUGUGUGAAUUGAAUGGAGACGUUGCUUUUCUCUUUUUUAAAAAAUUUUUGUUUCUGUUCUUUCUUCUUUAAAAAAAAGUUUUAUUUUGUUGUUUAUUUUACUUUUUUGGUAACAAAAACUAAAAUAAGGAAUAGAGAAGCUGUUUUUCAGGCUGACAGUCCAAUUAAGGGUAGUCGAGACCUUGCAUGGUAGAAUAGGAAUCAUAGUGUCAGUGAGGUCCAGUGAGUCUGUUUGAGUCCUUGUGUCAUCGUUCGGGGCACUGUUUUUUUAUGCAAGGGCAAAAAUCUUUGUAUCUGGGGGAAAACAACAACAACUUUUUUUUUUAAUUAAAAAGGAAAAUAAAAGAGAUUGAGGUCUUCCUAGUGUUACUUAAAUUAAGAUCAAGGUAAGAAACAUUGUAAAAAAAAAAUUACAAAAGUGCUAUUUGUUUCCUAAAAACAGUGAUUUCUAUUAAAAAGGUGUCAGAACUGGAGAAAAUGCUGUGUAGUUAUAAUUUUUUAGCACAGAACCUGCUGAACAUGAUGACAUUUUGCUGUGUUUGUGUCUCAGGACUGGUGGGCUCGUCUCCAUGAUUGCUGUCCUCCGGACGGCUGCAGCCCUUGACGAGUAGGGGCAGAGCUCUCCCACCAUUCUCCCCUGCUCAGAAAAGACUGUCCUCUCUUCCUGGUGCAGGGAUCUGGGCUCCUGUUUCAGAAGCCCACAUGGAGUGUGGAUGGUGUCAGGGUCCUCCCUGUUGUCUCCUCGGGUUUUGCUAGAGCAGAAGGCUGGUGCCUAAAUAAGAUCCCUUCCUUUGGUGCUGCUCUUGGUCUUUCAGCCACCAGCAUUUUGAGUGCCUGGGGGACAGCUUUGAAGGAAAUGGCCACUGAAGCUCAUUGGUGCCCACGCACCCCGGCUUUGGUGGAAGGGUGCAGGCAGGGGGCAGGCUGCAUCAGCCCUUGGUGCUUAGAAAGAACAGGGGAGUGAGAUGUCUUGAGGGGACAUGGUGUCUCUGAGACAGAGAGCCCAGGGUGGCCUUUGUGUCUUCAUGUCUUGGAAGAGAGGUCUGGGUCUCCAGCUGCUUUCUCUACCUGCCGGCUCCAGUCACCUUUGCCCACCCACAAGCUUCCUGGGUGACCUUUGGCUAGAAUGCGGUGCUUGCCUUGGCUUGGCCUGUCUUCUUGAGAAAAGCGGGGUUCUCAAAGGCUCAGACCAUUUCUAUCACCUUGCCUUGUGGGCAAUAAAUUUUGUCAAGUGUGCGCUCCGGCUGGAGACCUUUUGCCCAUUGCGUGCAUUUGGCCACAGGAGGGAGGCGGGGGCUCUGCACCCCCAGGCACUCCCAGAGCAUCUCUCCCAAGCCCGCCCCCUAAGGGCCAGAGUCUAGGAGGGGCGGAAAAGGGCCCAGUAGUUUCUCCCUCACCUAGUUAGGCCCAGAGAGACAGAGAUGGAUCCUGAAAGCAACUGCAACAGAGAAAUACUCCUUAGGUAAAACGUGUCUCAUCUCUACCAGCCAUUUCCGUUCAUCUUCCUGGGAUGUUAGAAGAGGGGAUUAAGAGGGGCUGCACAGGCCUCAGAGUCAGGACCUGGCUGCAAGGUUGCCUGAGGGGGAAAGAAAGGAGCUCCCUUUCCUCAUGCAAAAACCCAGGUGCUAUGUCUAGUCAGGGAGCUUUGGGAGGUGCCUGGACUAGUUGGAGGCAUAGUUGGCAGAGGUUCAGAGCCCAGAGGCGGGCUGUGCGCCCUGUCUUGGAGCCCUCCCAUCUGACUUGUCUGGGCCCAGAGGCUGGAGGUUGCCACAUAAUACCUGUCCUCUUGAAAGCAGUGGGAAUUGACCAGGCGUUUGCCAGCUGCUGUGAGCACGCACACUCUGACCUCGCCUAGGGUUGGGGUAUGGCUUCUUCCUCAAGUUCAGACAUAAGCUGUUGUGCAAGUCAGCUAGUGUGGCGUAAACAGUGCAACCCUGCCCCCGAGCCUGCAUUCUGGACUCAAAAUUCCCAAGCACCCCUUACUGCAAAGAAAGGGCCCUAGUCAGACCCAGUC